GAUUGUUGCGUUUUGCCAAAUUCUGACAAUUCUGCCAUGCCUGGUAAACAUUAUAGGAACUGAUUUGCUACUGAUUGCAUUAUGCACCGAGUUGAUGAUUCAGCUAAGAAUUCUUUCGAGUGAAAUGGGAAAUCUGAAGUUUGACCAAGUAAAGUCAAAAGAAGAUAAAUUAGAAUGUAACAGACGAUUAAAGAAAUGCGUCAAGUAUCACAUUUUCUUACUCAGGGUAUUAAGAAGGGUACAGAAGGUAUUCUCUCCAAUACUGCUUUACCACCCCGUCCUGUUAUGCCUUACGAUGUGCUUUGAGACUUACAUAAUAACAGAAUGUCUUCGGGACAUGAGACUGAUGCAUUUACUUAUAAAGAGCGUCUUGUAUGUCAUGAGUGAACUACUCGAAUUUGCCAUAUACUGUAUUUCAGCCGAAUUUGUUGCUUUUGAGUAUCAGUAUUAA